GCCAAGCAAGUCACCGUCAGACGAAGGCAUGAUGGGCAGCCUCAGUAUCGUAGACAGUAGACGAAGUCUUUUUGGCAGUCCUGUUCCAGUGCGUCUUGAAGAAGUGGAUGAGGUCGACCACCAGUCUGGCUUAACGUUCCAAGUCCUUGAUCAAAUGAAAGCCCAUGGCAUCGAAUUGGAGAAUCGUCGAGUCAAGGCAGUGGACAGGCUCUGGCAUGCCGUGGUGGGCGAAAGAAAUGGCUUUGUAGGUUACGAUGAAUACUGCCGACUGUAUCCGUCAGUGGCCAAGUUUUGUACGGGCAGCUCCACCACCGCCAACAUGGUCGACGACUGGGCUAUGGAUGUCCCCAGUGACAAUGCCCUAGAUCAUAUGCAUUUUCAUCAACUGGUCAAGCAGCUUGUCGAAAUGUGGGGGCCCCUUCUACACGUAUCUCCGGUACACCUAUAGACGCUCUAUAUUUCGUCGCGACCAUGUCAACAUUUUGCUAGGACGAGUUGUUGGAUUCCAUGGUGCACGAACUCAUCGAUCCAGCAUCGUAUGCAUUACGGGAUUGCAAUCGUGUCAACCCACAUGCCAUUGCUACCGCCGUGCACGACCUCCUCGGAUGUAUGUUGCCCAGUGGAUCAUGGGAGAGCUCCAAUGCCAUCGUCGUUCGAGUGCUACAACUGGAUGGUUCGACAUCGACUCGGUACAGUGCCACGCAAGCAGCAGUGGCCUACCUCGAUCGCGUCGUGGCAGCCGAUUCUCGGUGGUGGACGAACCCGGGUUUGCGAGGUCGAACCAUGACGUGGUUAGCUCGACAUGAAGAGGACACGCACUUCGCUGAUUUACAAGCGCUGCUACUGCGCCUGCACAUUUCGUUCGAUGGCGUGGCACCACUGAUGCGGCUUCGAUUGGAUCCCCUCGUGCACAGCGUCCGGUCGUUGGUGCUCGAUGCCGUCGUGACCAUGGACUCGGCAUCGCUUCUUCCGUGCCUUGAAUGGCUACGAGAGUUGACGCCCCCCAGGUGGCGAGUGCUGGCGUCGCCCAUUGGAGUGCAUCCCACCAUGACGACGCAGGCACAAGUCCAGGUAUAUUUGGCCAAGCUGAGCCACUUCACACUCGUGCCAGAACUGUGUGAGUUUUGCAACAACCACAGUGUAGUCGACAAGCAGGACUUGCUUGUGUUUAUUCAUACGCUGUCGCCGUUGGAGCUCGGUCACUUUCGCGAAACUUUGCAACGCCCUACCCACAAGUUUGCGACUGCGCCGGGCGUCAAAGUAGCCGUGGCGUUCUACACGUCCUUGUCCGCAAUGCAGCGACUUGAGAUGAAGAGCCAACUGCAUGCCAUCUUAAGGGAAACCAAAGCCAACCCUCCAAUACCCCCCAACAAGGGGACGCCUGUCCCUUCACUCAACAAGAACGUGCUACACUGGACUCGAUCUCGCCCCCGCCGUCGACAAAAAUCUCCUGCGUGUCACCAUCGACGCCCCCUCGCGCCCCUGUUGCGACCGACGAUGUCCGCCCCAUCCAUCUCAUUGGAUAGCAGCAGUCUAGCCCCGAUGGUGGUGAUCAAGCCGCAUAUGUGGAGCGACUCACAUUCCCCCGUGCGUCCCCUGCUGAACGGUGAUAUUUUCAGCCCCCCUAAAUCGGCGGUGGCGGCGGCAUGGUCGAAAUCGCCCUUGUCGCACGAGAAGCUCCACUUUGAAGCAACGUACUUCGACGCCCCGAGCAUCAGUCGACACCGCCUCGAGUUUUGUCCCCCUCAACAUGUUAAGCACUUCAGUUUGCCCAAGGUGAACGAACGACACGUUUGCGAUAUGAACUUGGACCCCACUUGGGUGUCCCCUGUCGACUUAACUGGCGUGCUCGACUAGAACUUCCCACUGCCCCCGAAUCAAAUGGCCUAUCCUUGUCGAUAAAUGGUGACCGUGGUCACCCCCAUAUUGGAUAGGGUCAUGAUUGUUCGUUCCUAUUGCGGAAAUAGUAAGCUUAAGUAAGUCAACUGUGUGGAUUUGGCGA